CAGAUUUUUCUCCAACAAAGUCUUGCAGUUCAAUACAAUACAGAACAAUUAAGAAGUCUAUUGAGUUAUGAUUGUUCCUCCGAUGGAAGUAUAGACGUCAGAGGUGUUCCGGAUGGCUACACUGUCACCGUUAUAAGUACAGGCUGUACAGUUUAUCUGACUUCUCCAGGGGUGUAUAACAUUCCUUCUAUGUGCAAGACCUACGACUACUGGGGAUAUAAUCAUGGAUACCCUACUCACAAUUGGUACCAAACUUCAGCCUCAUACCCAUGGUACUACAGUACUACCCAGAAUUAUUGGUACCAGUCUAGCACUUCUGAUUAUUUCGGUGAGGUUGACAUUGCUGUAUCACAUGGGACACACGGCGGGAUUGUGGGAGGAAAAGAUCACCAUGAGUUCCGUUUGAUCUGUGACGGUAUACAUACCAACGGAAAAUUGUAUAGAGUGUCUGCUGGGAUACAAGAAAUAUCCAAUCCAAGUGUCGUUCCGCCUACACUUUCAUACAGACAUUUGAGAGCUGGUUACUACAGUUAUCCGAGUUUACGUUUAACCAGCAGUGGUGGAAACGACAUUUACUACACACAUACCGGACAACUGAUGUAUCUUCUCCUUUCUUCUAAUGAUCCCCGCUAUAUUAUUCGCCCAGAGAACUGUUCUGCCCAGGAUGGCUAUAACUAUUGGGACUCUAAUAAAAGAAUUGAACUUUUCAAUAUCCACCAUUCUGGAUGUAUAUUAGAACCAUAUCUGAUGGAGAUGUUUACUUCUGUGGGUCACGGCCAGAGUAGUGUUAGAGCACCUGUCUAUUCCUUCCAUUUCGCAGGUGGGAGUGGUUACGUGUCCUUCGUCUGUAAUGUUAGAAUAUGCAGCAAGACUUCAUACAAUUGUGAUCUGAAUACAUGUAAGUCAAAGAGAUCUCUGCGUGAUGUAGAUGACCAUGGCGCACAUUCACACGAGGUUUCUGUCACUGUUCAAGUCGGCCCUGCAUCAGGUACUAGCUAUAGAUAA